AUGAUCUUCUCCGACUACCGACAGCAGCUGACCCCCGAAAACACCACCGUGCUGGACAUCACGUACAAGCCUACUCUAGUCGGAGUCUUCUGGCGUGUCUUCCCGCUGCCGUUCGGCAUGCCCGUCUGUAUUGGACAUGCGCUGCUCCGCCGCCUGCUCCCGCCUACGCUCGCAAGUUACUUCGAUGCCUCGGUCACGAAGACCCUCGCCGCCACGGCAUACGGGCAGUUCCCCGUCGUCGCAUUUCCCCUGUUCUUCAUCCUCGUCGUCUCAGCAUUUAGUGCCCUUUACAUGCGUUGGAAGGGCAUGCAUCGCCCCCGCUUUCUCUUGUAUGUUCGACUGGCCACCGCCGAGCUGUUAGCAGGCCCAUGCGCGCCCAUUUUUGUUCCUACCUUCGGGGCGGCGAUCGGCUUCAUCGGCAUGCUCCGCACGGACAUGGUCCUAGACAAGCACAAUGUCAGCCACCUGAAGCAACUGCACUUGACCCCCAACGCAGCUGCUAUAGCCGGGUGGUAUGGCUAUGCGGUUCUUUUCGUCGUCUGCAAGUACUUGCACGUCGUGUAUCGGAUGCUUUACAAGAAGCAACGCCACCCCAGGUUCCAUCCGCGUGUUCGUAUCGAGGCCGUUGGCCUACCUCCGUUGGAUAUCUUGCUGCCGGAAUUUGAAGACAUGAUAGCGUUUUACGAAGCUGCACGGUGA